GGUCUACCGGCUACGUAUCAGACUGAUCUAAACUGGUCAAACCUGAACCAGGGCUCUACUUUCAGUUCGAUGCCCGGUCCACCACCUGCUUUUCCAAAUUUCCAAUUCGGUGGAGAACAAGUGAUCCCUCUGAAUCUCUGAUCGGUUGUUUACAAAGGAUCAAUCUCGCCAUCGCGAGCAAGCUUCUCUAUAUAAACCUCUCGUGUCUGUGCGUGCUGGUGAGGUAAAAUGGCUUCGAAGUUUCUGAACAAGAAGGGAUGGCACACGGGAAGUCUUCGCAAUAUAGAGAACGUGUGGAAGGCGGAGCAGAAGCGCGACGGGGAGCAGAAGAAGUUGGAAGAGCUCCGGAAGCAGAUCCAGGAGGAGAGGGAGCGUUCUGAAUUUCGGCUUCUCCAGGAACAAGCAGGCCUCGUUCCAAAGCAGGAGCGUUUGGAUUUCUUGUACGACUCUGGAUUGGCUGUGGGCAAAGGUAGCUCUGAUGGAUUCAAGGCGCUUGAAGCUUUGCCCAAGACUCAGACGGAUACAACUUCCUGCUCAUCCUCGAAGCAGGCAACUGUUCCAGGAGCUCUAUUUGAGGACAAGCCUCAAUCCGCCAAUGAUGCAUGGAGGAAACUCCACUCUGAUCCCUUGCUUCUGAUACGGCAGAGAGAGCAAGAAGCCUUUGCCCGGGUUAAGAACAAUCCCAUCCAAAUGGCCAUGAUUCGCAAAUCAGUUGAAGAAAAUAAGGACAAAGGGAAGAUACAUCGUAAACUUGAACGCAAGAAGAUGCAUAAAGAUGAGAGAUCAAAGGAUGAGAAGCGUUCAUCUUGGAAAGACCGAAUGGAGUCAGAGAAGGCCUCUAGUGACGAGGAUGAAAGAGUAAGUAGUCAUGACAAGAACUCAAAGGGGGAGAAGAGGUCACAGAAAGGGUGGUCACAGUCGGAACAUGCUUCAGAUGAAAGGGUGGAAAAAGGUAAAUGCGGUCAUCACAAAACACUGAAGCAUGAGGUGCAUUCCUCCAAAGGCCUAUCAAGCUCAGAAGCUCCCAUGAGGAAAAAAGAGAAGAGAAGAAAGAGUAGUGACAGGAACCAUCCGAAGUUGAAGCAUGAGAAGCAAAUACCCAAAGAACCAUCAGUUUUCGGACAUGCCUCAAGGGAGUACAGGAGUCAUCAAGCAGACGAUGGUCAUAAGAGUCCUGAUCCCAUCAGGCGGCCAAAAACCAACAGCACCGAAAUUGGUGCUCCUACAGCAUUAUGUUGGCAGAGGUCGUCCGGUAAGCACUUAAAACCUGCCCCAAAGCUUUCUGAGGAGGAGAGAGCUGCCAGGUUGCAGGAGAUGCAAAUGGAUGCUCAGCUGCAUGAGGAGCAAAGAUGGAAGCGGCUGAAAAAGGCGUCGGAAGAUGAUGCUCGGGAAGUGAGACAAGUGGGUACAUCCGCUGGACAAAGUUUCUUAGAUGUUGCGCAGAAGAGUGUAUAUGGGGCUGAUAAAGGGGGCAGCUCCACGAUUGAGGAGAGUGUGCGUCGUCGCACAUAUUAUCUACAGAAGCAGUCAGAAGCAGUUGAAUGCAACGCUUUCCGACGAUGAGUGUGUUCUUCAAUAAAACCAGUUGUAUCCCUACCUGUCACAGUAAUUUUAAUUUGCUCCCAAGAUCGCCCUCACCACGUGCUGCAACAGGUGCCACGAGGUUGAUCCAAGUAUCCAACUACUAACAAGGUUGGUUCCAAUUAAUUAAUCUCUUUCCGGUUCAUACUCAGUCAUGUUCUGGAUUACUUGUGGGAAACUAUCCGAAAUUUACUUCUGAUUGGGUAUUUUACUGUAAUUAUAUCGGUACACAUUCUUCUGUGACAAAAUACUCGAGGACAUGUAGAAGAAUUACAUGAUAAUUGGGUUCUGAACUAA